CCCCCCCGGGCCCCAAACCAUCCUUUCUACAUAUUCCAAACCAAAGCAAAGCGACCCGUCACGUCACUGAAACAAGCGUCUGCCUCUGCAACACGGCUCAAUCACUACCACCUCGGAUUGCAACGUCAAUUAACAAAGGCCAUCUGCCCCAACUCUUGGUUUACUACGACUUCCACUUCACAAAUCUCAUACACAAUGAAGAUCACUUCUUUGGCGCUCGGGGUCCUUGCGAUGGCCACAUGUACGCUGGCAGCGGAUCCCAAGAAGCACCCCGGCUGGCAGGUACCGUACGAGAACGAGCCUCUGCCUCUCCACGAGACCCCAGAAUGCAUGCAGCGCUGCAUGGAAGAGAAGAAUUGGAAGAUGGGCUUCGACAUCUACACGGUUCCCCGAAUCACGUUCUGCCGGGACGAAUGGGACACAUUUUUCACCUGGUUCACGUACCACGUGGGCUUCUGCUCCAGACCGGCCUGUGGUGGUGCCGAUAAAGAUGGCAACGCCAAGAGAAACGCGGCGUGGAUGUACAAGCUGUGCGGGUUCCCAAGGCAGUCCACGGUCUCGGGCUUGGAGGAUUGGAAGACUCUUCCUCCGGAGGAGUACACGGAGGAUAUGGAGUAAUAGGCAUGGGUCGACGAGGAAGGACUCGAUGGUGACUGAAGGGCAACAUGACGGGUGCCGAGGGAUUUAUAACCCAACCUCAUGGUUUUGGGAAUGCGGGAAGCCGGGAAGCUUUGGAAAUUAGGCAUGGGGAGAGACAUCAACAUCACUACACCACCACACCACUACUAUAUCAACACCUCUGGUCUCUCCUCAGCCUCAACUUUUACUCUGCCGCCACAUAAUGAUAAUAUCAAUCGGUGGUCUCCAAUUGCCGCCAUGUUUUGCAGCCAUGGAUUCCUUUUCGCAUCUUCAUUGCUCUCGUCUGUGCCUCCGUGGGUGAAAAAAUGAUGAGAUAUAACUCUGAUAAUCGGGACAGUAGACGCAUCGCUCCAUGGUGACUUGCGUGAGUCGUGACCAGUCAUUCCCGGUGAGGUGUCGGUGAGUGAGGGGUGACCGGGGAGGAGGGCGAGGGUUGGGGGUGGAUGGGCGAUGGAGUAUUAUUAAGGUACAUUGCCCUG